CCAACGCAGAGCCAACGUAAUAAGGUGUGGAUGGCUAAAGAAGCAAGGGGGCUUUGUCAAGACCUGGCACACUCGCUGGUUUGUGCUGCGGGGAGAGCAGCUCUACUAUUACAAAGACGAAGAGGAGACCAAAGCCCUGGGGGCCAUUCCCUUGCCUGGAAACAAAGUUGCUGAACACCCAACUGCUGGGGAUGAAGGGGGCAAAUUUCUUUUCGAGGUUGCACCAGGGGGAGACAGGGAGCGGAUGACAUCCAACCAUGAGACCUACCUUCUCAUGGCCAGCACCCAGAAUGACAUGGAGGAUUGGGUGAAAACCAUACGCAGGGUAAUAUGGGCACCAUUUGGCGGAGGUAUAUUUGGACAGAAACUGGAGGAGACCGUUCGCUACGAGCGCCGGUUUGGGAAUAAGCUUGCUCCGAUGCUUGUGGAGCAAUGUGUGGACUUCAUUCGGCAGUGGGGCCUGCAAGAGGAGGGCCUAUUCAGACUGCCAGGGCAGGCCAACCUGGUCAAAGAGCUGCAGGAUGCCUUUGACUGUGGGGAGAAACCCUCCUUUGACUGCAACACAGAUGUCCAUACCGUAGCAUCUUUGCUAAAACUGUAUCUCAGAGAGUUGCCAGAGCCUGUGAUCCCCUUCUCCCAGUAUGAAGAGUUUCUGGCCUGCACCAAGCAUCUAAGCAAGGAAGAUGAAAUGGGUAUGAAGGAACUGAAGAAACUAGUAGAAAGCCUACCUCCAGUCAACUUUAAUCUUCUCCAGUACAUCUGCAGAUUUUUAGAUGAAGUCCAAUCUCAUUCAGGAGUUAAUAAAAUGAGUGUCCAGAACUUGGCCACAGUCUUUGGACCAAACAUUCUUAGGCCAAAGGUUGAAAAUCCAGUAGCAAUCAUGGAAGGGACAGUUCUGGUACAGCAGCUGAUGGCUGUUUUGAUUGGCCGUCAUGAUGUACUGUUCCCAAAAGAAGAGGACAGCCCCACAGCGCUGGAGCUUGUCAACAACAACAACAAUGAAUUAACACAACGACAACUCCCCACAACAAUAACCAACAUCACAACAGCAUCAGCUGGCCUAAACCAGAAUGCUGAGAACAACAACACACGUGUUAUCAGGCAGUGUGCUUGGGAGACAACUGAGCCUCCUUCACCCCACCAGAAUGUAGACAACAGUGGUUCCCCUCGCUCAGCCAGCCCUCGUAAUGGCCUCAUAGGACGCUUUGACCUCACACGCAGCCCACCACUGACGGUGAAAAAGAACCCAGCCUUCAGCAAGGGCAGUGGGAUUGUUACAAACGGCUCCUUCAGCUCCUCCUCACCCUCAUCAGACCCAAAUCAAGAGAAAAGCCAGACUCUAUCUGGUGGGGGCAGCUUACAGAUGCGACGCAAUGGGACCCUCAAAGGCUCAGGCACAAAAAUGGGCACCAGCGGGGUGGCCAGUGGAAGUAGCAGUGGGGGAAAUGGGAGUGGAGUGGUACGUAUGGGGAUUUCUAGCACUGAUAUGGUCAACGGUAGUCUGAACAGCCGCAGUGGACUUUGGGUACCCAAUGGCUACGUCAUAUUACGUGACAACAACAAAGCGCGGGAUUCCCCCAAUGGGGAGCAAACUUCUAGUCAGAACCGACUCUCCACAUAUGACAAUGUUCAGCUAAAUCAACAGAACCUCCAACAGCAGAACCAGACGACCACCACCUGUCUAAGCAGCAGCUGUGAGGACAAGCAGAGUGUAGAUAGUGCCACCUGGUCCACCUCCUCUUGCGAAAUCUCCCUCCCCGACAAUUCCACCUCUUGUCGCUCCUCUACCACCACCUGCCCUGAGCAAGACUUCUAUGGAGUUCAUUAUGAAGGUGCCGAUGGACUGGCCCAAGAAAGUGAGCUUCCCCAACCUGGUGUAAGAGGAGAUGGCGAUGCGAGAAACGGCACAGGAGAAGGAGGUGGAGAUGGAAAAGGAAGACACAGUCGAGGUACCAGCAGUAGUGAAAAUAGUGAUGGCUUCCCUCUUAGUAAUGGGCCAAGCAGUCACAGCGCUCUCCACAGCUUGGUGGCAAGCCUUAAACAGGAGAUGCACAAACAGAAGAGCGAGUAUGAGGCCAGGAUAAAAAGCUUGGAGCAGCGAAACCUAGAGCUGGAGACAGAAAUGGUGAGCCUCCACGAGGAGCUUGACCAGGAGCGGAAGAAGUAUACCAUGGUAGAGAUCAAGCUGCGUAACGCUGAGCGUGCAAAGGAUGAUGCUGAGCGGCGAAACCAGAUGCUGCAGAGGGAAAUGGAGCAGUUCUUCUCCACCUUUGGUGACCUCACAGCAGCUGGCACCACCUCAGCCGCUGAUCCUCGUCGGCCAGACCGUAACAACUCCAUCUGGAUUCAGUGAAGGAAGGGGGCGAUGUUGGACUGAAAGACUCGAGAUGGUUCAUUAUAUGAUCUGAUUAUUGCGGGGGUCCAAAGAGGAUUUAGGUUCCUAUUGUGGUUAAGAGGUAGGCAGGGAUGCUUUACUGGUCAUGUUAAUGGUGUCUGUGAGCUAAACAAGCCAGCAUUGUAGAGGUAGGACAAGCCACUUUUGCAAAGGUAGACAUUACCUGAGAAGAUUGUGCUUCAUACGAUACAGACUUGACAGUAGUGUGAAUACACCAUUAUAUUAUCUGUUCAACUAUCACCGUAUACACUUUCAGACUUAAUGAUGGACUGAUGUUAGUAUGCCAUACAAGGAGUGUCACCCAUUAAUCCAUCUUUGUCAUUGGCGUGAAGGGACAACACGAAAGACUAUUUUCUUCCAUUUUAAAAUCCCUUGCAAGAGCUUGACAGGUGAAAGUGGAAGACAUUUUCAGUAUCUCACAGUCGUCAAAGGGAAUGACUUCCAUUCUUGGACUUUAAAACUCCUGAAGACCACAAAGAAACUUUCUCUCUCCAUCCACAUUCACCAUUGUGAACCAACCAAAUAUAUGAAUUUAUUUGUUCGAUGUAAUUCUGUUUCUGACUUUGUAAAUAGAGGGAAGCAAGCGAAAAAAAAAUUCAAGGCGACAUAUGUAUGUAAAGAGAACUAAAAGUAAAGUAAUAUUUUAAUUUCUGUCUAAUAUUUAAACAGAGCUAUCGGUGUGUGAUAUCAUGAUUUUAUAUCCAGGCUUUUCCUUGCACUUAAAUGUUUAAUUUCAACAAUGUGGUACCGAAAGUUCUACCAUUUUUCUUUGUGUGUCUGUUGAACUGGUAAAUAUACUGUAUAUGUGUAUAUGCGUCUGUGCUGUAAUAUUCUCCCCAUGACCAAAAAAACAGAGCAUGUACUGUAAAUAUUUUAUAGAUCACUGUAGAGACUACUUCCCUGUCUGCACUGUGGCUUUAUGCAUAUUCAGACAGGUAUGGCAUGAAUUAGGUCAAUAUUGGAGAACAUUUUGUACCUUGUAAAAACUAAAUUCCAAGACCUCUAAAUUGUGUCGUGGUAAAUCCCAUAUAAAUUAUUGAAUUGUGUCAUGAAUCUUAAAAUUUUGUUCAGCUGAUAAGAUACAUUCUCCGCAUAAAGUAAAUCACUUUUUUUUAAUUUCUGAAUGCUCUUUGAUGUAAUAUGAACAUUGUAUUGCAAUAUGUGUAGUAGGGAGAUAGUCUCUUAGUUCUUGUGAGGUGCCAGUUUUGAAACUCACCCUGGUAGUUCUCUGACAAAGGAAAUACUGGGCAUAAUUGCCUGGUGGUAUUGUUAACCUCGUUUAGCACGGCGUCCGGGUAGCGUAGCGGUCUAUUCCGUUGCCUACCAACACGGGGAUCGCCGGAUCGAAUCCCCGUGUUACCUCCGGCUUGGUCGGGCGUCUCUUCAGACACAAUUGGUCGUGUCGGCAGGUGGGGAGCCAGACGUGGGUAUGUGUCCUGGUCGCUGCACUAGCGCCUCCUCUGGUCGGUCGGGGCGGUGAAACUCCUCACUAUCAGGUGAAAAGCAGCGGCUGGCGACUCCACAUGUAUCGGAGGAGGCAUGUGGUAGUGUGCAGCCCUCCCGGGAUCGACAGAGGGGGUGGGGCAGCGACCGGGACAGCUCAGAAGAGUGGGGUAAUUGGCCGGAUACAACUGGGGAGGAAAAGGGGGGGAAACCCCUCGCUUAGCACAGAGGUACAAGCUGCAGGUACAAAAACAAUAUUGUAUGUACUGGUACUGUGAACCAACGGGGUGCAAUCUGUAGGUGUGUCUGAAUUGAUGUGGACAUUGACGGCUUGGUUCUUGAUAUUCAGCAGGAGACAAUAUUUGCGUGCUUGUGCAUGCAUUUCAUGUCCAUGAGGGUCAGAGUAAAAUAUGUGAAUGGCUAUUAAGUCACUUUUAGUAUUUACAAUGUCAGUUUGAUUAUGUCGCUUUAAAAACAGCUUGUCAGCACUUGAUGUGUUGUUAACUAGGUACAAUGCAAAACUGCGUCUGGAUAUGCAGCUGAACUUUUGUCAUACAAAAAAAAAAGUUCAUGUGCACACACACACACACACACACACACACACACACACACACACACACACACACACACACACACACACACACACACACACACACACACACACACACGCCAAGUGGCAAUGCCUGCUGCUGGCUGCUUUUCCAGCGGAGACAAGGACCCAUUUAAGCCUGCCGCUGGUCUUGUACAGGAUCUCUGGAAUGUGCAGACCAAUGAAAAAAAAAGUGCCUGAACAACUGAGGGAAGCGGGGGGGGGGGCUGGGUUUCUCAUUCUCCACCCUUCACCGGGAGAUAAUAGGCUUAAACCAAGCUGACAGUGUCAACUCGUUCUGUGAAGUCCACAUUGAGGAACAGAUUAUGGGCAGAAGAGGAGAGAGGAAGGAGACCGGAGGACUUGGGCAGUGGAAUAUUUUCAGGCGAUGAUGUUUGACACACAAAGAACUUCAAAAGCUAUCUGAAUUGUGAAUAAAACUCAU